AAUAUUUUUCAUAAAAUGUGACUUAAGGAGAUUAUUUUUAUUAUUCUCUUUUUUAAAAAUAAAUAAUAAAUAAUCUUGAUAAAAAUUCAAAUUUUGAAGUUUCCACCGAACAGCUUUAGUAGGAACGAGACGGUUCGGCACGUGAGUCCGAAACCGGAUCCGGCCCGUCUGGUAAUUAAUUUACCCUAAGGGAAAGCAAUUAGGCGGGAAAGUUAAAGCCCAUAAGACAACAUUUUUCACACUGCAAUACCAAUUUUUCUCUCAAAAUCCGAUAUUUUCUCAUCAACUCAGCGGUUUCCGACGAAAGAGAAAUACGUCGUCGACAUGGAAAUGAUAGACUCACCGCCGGAGCCUACGUCUGAGAUAGAACUCGCGCGUCGUAAGCUUCGUGAGCGGUGGGAGUUAGCUUCCGUUCUUAAUUUUCUCACCGUUUUUGAGCCAGUGCUUCAAAUCAAUUUGAAAAUUUCAGCCGAGGAGAUAGAAACAGCCCUCCUUGAGCCAAAUGAUAAUCUUGCUCAACUGCAUAUAAUGCUUCUGAAGGGGAUACCUCCUGUGAAUAAACUACUUAAGGAUUCUAAUGGAUGGGUGAUAGCACUAAGCAAGAAACUUGAAAUGUGGUGGCCAUGGGUUGCAGAAGGGAAUUUCCCUUUGACUGCGAAAAAGGGAGAGGAGAUGUCCACAUACAAGGCACUCAAUCCGACAACUCGCCUGCUUAUCCUUAAAGCACUCUGUGAAAUUCGAGCUGAUCAAGGCGACACCAUAUCUUACAUCAGUGAAGAAACUAAAAAUAGAACUGAUUCUACUGCUUUCCGCAAAGAGAAGCUUGGGGGCAAUGGAAAGGAAGUUUCAUUCUGGUAUGAUGGGAAUGAAACUAUUGGGCAUAGAUUAUACAAGGAAGUUUAUCAAGUUGAGUCAUUGUCAAAAGUAAGGGACAAGAAAAGGAUUUCUGCAAUCACUUCUCAGUGGGAGACACUUGCUACUACUUUUGAAGAAUUUCAGAAUUUUGUGGACAAGUUCUCAUCAAGUCAAGUUAAAUGGGAAGCUGAUGUGGGCAAGGCAGUUGAAGCUCAUGCUAUUCCUGCUCUUCAGAAAAUUCGGAGGAAGAAAGAUAUGGCUCUGAAGAGACAACAAAGAGAACAAAGGCUUGUAGAAGGCUUACAAAACCUCGCAAUUCCUCGUUCUUGCCGGAUACGUAGGCCAGUCAAUUACAGAUGCGAUGAUUUUGACAGAGCAAUCAAAGAGGCCAUAGAAGUAACAAAUAACCGCCUGGUACAUGAAGUCCUGUCAACAAGAAAGAUCAAAAGAAAGGCAACUGAAGACCCAACAAGUGAAACUAGACUGAAUGAGCAUGGCUCUAGGACUGAAACCAAUUCGCUGGACUCCUCUCCUGCAUCUAACUCAGUAAGCAGUGCUGCCACAGACAGUGAAUCUGAGAGUGACAGGCCUCAAGAAAGCAAUGAUGAUGUCGAUGAUACCAUUGAUGAGGUUGAUGAAGCUGAUCCUGAUGAAGAUGGUACUGCCUCAAUUAAGGAAAAUGGUCGGUUAUACCAUAGGCCAAGCAGUUGUCGCCACAGUACGAGACUUGCUGGAGUGACUGGCUAUGCUGUUCCAGAAAGCACUCAUAUAGGUGCAAAAAAUAGGUUGAGGCAGAGACCUAGCAUCAAUACAGCUGCCAAGUCUGUUGUCAUUCCCGAUUCAGAAGAUGAAAAGUGAUCAAGAUGCACUUGCAACAGGAGGGCAUGCCAUGUGAACUGAUCUCUCUUUUUGGUGCCGUUUUGUCGAUUAUCCAUCCAAGCCAAAUGAAUAUGGUUUGGCAAAAGCCAAUCAGUUGCUACCACCUUAAUCAUAAUUUUGUCCUAUAGUAAUAGCUAGCAAACAUGGCUGCAGAAAAUUGUCUGUAAACUUGUGCAAGGCAGUAAGUUCACUUAAUGCUCCAGUAGUUCUCUGUAAAGCCGCUUAAGUCAAGAUGCUAUUAUGCAUUGUUGGUUUCGAGUAUCUGUGGACGGAGUGUUCCCCUGA